AUGUUCCGACAGGGUAUCCGGCGAUUUGGCACCACUGCCCUGCGCAGCGCCGAUUCAUAUGGUGUCCGGGUCUCCAAGGCUCAGGGUGUGGUUAACGGACUCACAGAGGCGAUUGGCAAUACCCCUCUUAUCCGUUUGAAGCGACUCUCUGAAGAGACCGGCUGCAACAUCCUCGGUAAAGCGGAAUUCCAGAACCCCGGAGGUAGUGUGAAGGAUCGGGCUGCACUCUUUGUGGUCAAAGAUGCGGAAGAGAGAGGUCUUCUGAGGCCCGGCGGCACGGUGGUUGAAGGAACCGCUGGAAAUACUGGAAUUGGGUUGGCUCACGUCUGCCGGUCCAAGGGCUACAAGCUUGUUAUCUACAUGCCCAACACACAAUCGCAAGGCAAGAUCGACCUGCUGCGUCUUUUGGGUGCCGAAGUGUACCCCGUUCCGGCUGUCGCGUUCGAAAACCCACAGAACUACAACCACCAGGCACGACGACACGCGGAAUCCCUGGACAAUGCUGUGUGGACGAAUCAAUUCGACAAUACGGCUAACCGUCGAGCUCAUAUUGAAACCACCGGCCCGGAGAUCUGGGCGCAGACCGAAGGCAAGAUCGACGCCUUCACCUGCGCCACCGGAACAGGAGGAACCCUUGCCGGAACUACCUACUUCCUGAAGCAAGCUAGCAACGGUCGAGUCAAGUCUUUCCUCGCCGAUCCCCCAGGCAGUGUCCUCCACAGCUAUAUCCAGAGCGGUGGAAACCUGGUCGAGCGUGCAGGCAGCAGUAUCACGGAAGGAAUUGGCCAGGGACGUAUUACAGAUAACCUCCAGCCCGAUAUCGGUACUCUUGACGGAUCCUUGAACAUUAGUGAUGAGAAGUCUAUUGAGAUGAUCUACCGCUGUCUCGACGAGGAAGGUCUCUAUCUCGGUGCUAGCUCAGCGCUCAACGUUGUCGCCGCGAAGGAAGUGGCCGAGAACCUCGGCAAAGGCAGUACUGUGGUCACAAUUCUCUGCGACGGUGCUUACCGAUAUGCUGACCGUCUGUUCUCUAACACCUGGCUCGAGACCAAGGGAUUGAGAAAGGCGAUUCCCAAGCACUUGGAGAAGUAUAUCGUGCUUCCAUAA